CACGAUUGUACCGUCUGGAUAUGGUUGUCUUCUAGGUAUGACCCUGGUAUAUUGUGUUCCAGUCUACAUGAUUGCUGCUGGAAUGGCACUGUGCUACGGUAUUAUUUUCUACCCACCCCUGUCUCGUCUCAAUGUCUUUGUGUAUAUUGACCACCCUCUCCUACUUCUCUGAAUUGCCACCAAGCAGCUCCGGCGUAUCCGGGCGGAAGAAAACGUUAUCAGGACCCUGCCCCCACUAGUGGGUCUGGGCAUCAACUUUGUCUUCAGAACUUUUUCUCCUUACCGCCCAAUGUUCGAUACCUGCAGAGGCUAUUCCGUUUGGUCUUGGAUCCUAUGGCAUGACAAACCACUGCCAUGACAACCCGUUUCUAGGCCCUACAUGCUGUGCGUUUGCCGUGGAUGGUCGGCAGCUGACGCGAAGAAGGGCUGGCUCCCACCCUCUCUCCGCAGACCCUACCUGCUUGCCCUGUCGGCUCUCCUGCUCUUGAUCGCCCUUGCCGUCGAGAUCCUCCGUCAGUUGUCCAAUCGCCAUAAUGGUCUCGUGCAAUACCAAAAGGUGGAAGAUUUAUCGUCAUCUGCAUGGCAAGCCUGGGGAAAUGCCCCCACCAUCGUUGCCCUGGUCGCCUUGAUUCCUUGGCAAGGCUUCGCCCAAGAAGCUUUUCGUCUGGAACCCUACUUCCAGCUAGCCAAUCCCAAGGGAGCGCCUGCCAGUGUGCUAUUCCUCGAUUACAAUUUCGACGCUGGGUUCCUCCGGCCGAUUCGCGCCGCGCGAAACCGUCAUUGGCUCGUGCUAGGGGUCUCGGUGAUGUCUCUGCUUAUACAGGACCUAGCCCCGUCGUUACUGUCAGGGCUCGUUGGCCUGGUAUCGAUUCAGGUGCUGGAAAGGAGACAAGUGGAUACAUGGCCGCAGCUGGUGGAUCUGGACGUCCAGGAAAACUGGUUGGCAAUCGAAGCCGCGUACCGGAGCACGUCACAGAAUCCUCGUGGCAAUCUUCCUCGGGGGCAUGGGAACUCAACCUAUGCUACUGCUCCUGUCGCAAUCCUAGCGGAUGAUAGCGAUGGGCUGUCAAGCUUGGCCUUGGACCAACCGGUGUAUUGGUCGGACAUGACCUGCAGGAAUGCCACCGUGACAGCAGCAGCAUCGAGUACCUUGUUCGAUGUCACUACCACUGAAGACCCGACCAGAGCACGCGGACUUUCGUGGAAUCUCUCCGGCCUCGCAUUAGCUGGGACAAAGUCAAAGUCCAGCUGUAACAUCAGCAUCGCUCUAGACACUCUCAUUCCGUUCGAGGACGGCAGCUUUCAGGCACACCUGACAAUAAAGUCUGAAACGUUGCUGAAAUCGAGUGUGAUCGCGCUUGCAUGCCAGCCGGUGUAUAGACAGGCCAUCGCUAACAUCUCACUGGACUCCAAGUCUACCCUCACUACCGUUGACAUCCUUCCUUCCACUGUACGCGACCUGACAGACACCGAGUUUAGCAUCCACGGAUUCCAGAACCUGAUGUACUCGGAGCGUGCCGCGGCAGGGCUCCUCAUGGACCACAGUCUCACCAAUCUCAGCCGGCCCCUGGUGUCUUCCCCCGUGGCUGUGGCUGGCGAUACGGAGAGUCUCACUCUGACGCAAUACCAGAAACAGAUCGCCGAUCUUUGGAAUAACGAGUUUCUGGACGCGAUCAACAUGUUUUUCGAUCAGCACGCCGACGCCGUCCGGGUGGACGCUAAUCACUUCACAUACGCCUUGGCCAUCGCGGUGAUCCAUCAGACGGCGGUUAUGGUUGAAGUAAUCAUGGUGUUGGGGUUCGGUCUGCUCCUGGCCCUGGGCUACAUCUACCCUCGUCGUCCAAGUUUCCUCCAGGGGGACCCUAGCUCAAUUGCUGCACAGUGCGGUCUGGUCGCUCGUCUAAUCGGUCCGGAAACCCUUCAUACCUUGUCCCACCCCAGCUACCAUGUGGCCAAAACGAGGGCGCUGCGAAAGUGGGCCAAGGGUCUAUGGUGCAAGUGGACCACAGUCACUGGCGAUCGACGCCUUGAAUUAUGCUCGAUGGACGGGUAUCCCGCAAAAAUGUGUCCCCUUCCAGCGGCAUCGAGACGCCAUGACCGCAUGCCGCACUUCCUAACCCUGCCGUGGUUUAUGAUAGAAUGUGUCGUGCUCUCGGGCUCGGUCACAGCAUUGGGAUUGGCAUCCAGAUGGAUCAAAAUACAUACCCUCGAGUCCGUCACCUCGACCCGGUUUCAAAUAUCGGUGAUAUGCUUGAUUUAUGGGCCGACCAUGCUUGCUUCCAUGGUCUGCUCCCUCUCCAACUCGCUCCACCGGCAUUUCAGUGUCACUGAACCCUGGAUUUGGCUGCGGCAAGGGCCGAUCUCGUCGAAGCGACUAUCGGUGCCGAGCCAUGCCCCUAUGACUGCACUGUGUAUGUGGUUGCGAGAAGGGCCCCGACCUUCCAUUGCUGUCUUGGGUCUGUCAGUGCUUUGCCUGCUCAAUCUGAGCCUACUUGUCGUGAGUGGUGGAUUGUUCGAGCCACAGCUCCUCACGUAUUUCGCCUCCCCGGCCAACCUCAACACUGUAUAUCAUACUUCCAUCUUCCUCGACCAAGCUUUGCGCCCCGAUUUCCAGAGCUAUGACCGCACAAUCUAUCCCGGGACGAUGAGCCAGUCCGAGUUGCCAUGGACCACGAGCAACAUGUCAUUCCUCCCAUUCACGACCGGCGUCCUCGAGGGCUCCAUUGGGGUACAAUCGACCGCCACCACGCGAGGGUUUGGCACCUACCUUCCAUCGCCGUCGCCACUGCCACGUCUCCCAACCCCUCACCGAUGCCGACCAACCCCGAAUCCAAUACGCCUGGCCCGACACCUCCGACUGCCAGAGACUCAGCUUCUUGGUUUCCGCCUCACUCUCCCCCGACAACACCUCCACAGCUCUCUCCUGCAGCCCGCACCUCACCAUCGAAUCCUCCGAGGUCCAGUCUCCCCAACCGGCCAAAUCCUAAAACACACCUCCAUUCCCUCCGAUUUCCCGGUCACCACCGACUCCUUGUACCAAAACCUCUCCACGGCCCUCGAAACCUUCAACCAGAACCUCGGCACCUUCAUCCACAACCUCACCGUCCAUCCCCACCCCCUGCCGUACUACCUCUCCUCCUUCCCCAACGACCAAACCACCACCCUCUACCAGACAGCGCGCCAGGGCCACACCAACAGCACCGUCCAAGACCUCACCCACGCCACCCAAUCCCUCUACCAAAGAACCUUCGCCAAUUACCUCACCCUCCACCGCCCCCAACUCUUCCCCGAAGGCCCUCCCGUGCCCAUUCCCGGUACCACCGUGUAUACCAUGUGGGGGCUCGGUCCCUCUACUACCGCCAUUGUGAUCAUCAUCGCGGUGGUUUCGGUGGAUAUCCUUGGCCUCGUCGCCGUGUUCUGGUGCUACUAUAACCGGUACGAUGCGCCUCGGAUUCCGAAAGCGAUUGGGUCGUUGGUGCCGUGGGUGGGGGGAACAGGGCUGACUCUGGAGGGUGACGGGGACCAGCAGUAUCAUUUUCACCCUGGUGUCGCUGCCGACGGUGAACGGAUUUGGGUGCUGGAGGUGGAUACGGGGAUGGAACUGGGAAGGAUUGAUUCUACUAUCAAUAAUACUAUCUAA